AUGUCGGCCUCGCCGCGCAGCCAGAGCUCCUCUCCCGAUAUACUGGGACCUCCAGGCGAUGCCCAGUACUUGAUCUCAUCACCGAUUAAACCCUUCACGGGGCGCCAAAGCUGGAUGUCCCCUAUGAUGGCGAAAUCACGAACUCCGGCCAAGCGACCGCGACCGCGCAUCAGUCCCAGUCCCGCGAAAAGCGCGCAUUCGAUUCAAUUCAGCGAUGUAUUACUCCCCGGGUCACCGACACUCAAGCUCAAUGGUGGUAGACAGAGAUCACUCUCUCCGGAGAAGCUUCAGGAUGGAAAUGUCAGCCCGUGGCGCAUCCGACUCACGCUCGAAGCGACACAAGACGAAGAGGAUGAGAACCGGGGUAGCCCAUCGCGCAAACGAUUAAAACCCUCGACUAAGACAACAAUGAUACCAUUAAAAGAUGAGAGGAGUCCAUUAAAAGAGAAGACGCCCUUAAGGCGGCGAGGGCGUCCACAAAAUUCUGACAUGAUCUUGUCCCCGUAUGUCGGGGGCGCUGGCCAGACCCCUCGCCCUGGACAUACACCAGGCCCGGGGCAUACUCCUGGGCUCCGAGCUGGUGACUAUCAAGCACGCAAAAGAGUCCAACCACGGGGCACGCCCAAACCCAAACCACGGGAUUUUCAGCUACAAGAUGAUCAACAAACGCCGACUGUCGAAUAUGACCAUCUCUUUAGUCCGAUGGAUAUCAUUCCCAAUAGUGAUUCCAGCCAAGACCAGCAAUUCAGUCCAAUGAACACCAUGGCCAAUGAACCUGGCCGCAGCCAACAUGAAUACAGUCCGAUGGAUACUAUAGCUGGUGAAGCUAGUUUGGGCCACCAAAGAUCCAGCUCUACGGAUGCACUAAGCAGCGACGUUAGCCUAGACCAACAGCGAUUUAGUCCGACGGAUUCUUUCGCUGGGAGUAAUGCGCAUGCCAGUCCCUUGAAUCUCGUAGGGGAUGUGGACUCCGAAGAUGACUCUUGGGGAAACUCAGAAAUGUCAAUUGCAGAGCUUCCUGGCCCAACAGAGCCCAUCGCAGAAAAUCCAGGCAAUUUUCGCCGGGAUUACGGCCGAGCGAGUUUGGAGACGCCUGUUAUCGGAGCCACGGAACUCCACUUUUUAGAUGAUGAGAACAUCAACUCUACCCCUUCUAAAAGGCCAUCACCUACACGUGAGAGAGCAAUUUUGUCAUCGAGGGCUUCUUCUCACAAUACCGCUAGCCCACAAUCGCGCACAUAUCCGACUCCAACCCCCACUUCUUCGCUGGUCGAUGAAGAAAAUCAAACCCAACAAGCUGACGGGGAUCAUUCCCCAAGGACAGAGAUCCAGCAUGCUGAGACUGAUGCCGUUGAAGAUCCGGUGGACGAGUACGACGAAUUUGACACCAUCAUGGAAAGUGAAGGAUUCACUAUGAUUUCCCUUGAUACACUCCCAUCAGCCAAGCAGCAUGGAUUCGGCUCCAGCGCUAUGACGAAAGGCGUAACCAAACCAAAGGAUGUUGGAGGACGGUUGAGACGCAAGCUUCCCGGGACGAUCGAAGACCUCCGAGGCGAUUCUCGUGCUCAAAAGUCAUCCAGUCCAGUCACUUCGACCCUGGGUCCUGGGUUACACGAAAAUCAAAACAAACAAAUGCCGGAGAAGCAAAAUGUACAUUCGAUUGAGCGGCAAUCCGUCAACCAUGUUAAUGAGAUCGCCUACCCUGAAUUCCUUGCCGCAUCGUCCCCAGUUAAACCUACUCUUGUUCCAAAGAAGAGGACUUUCAUCAGUUUGGCUAAACUUGUUCGUCUUAGCUUGGCCUUACAAGGUCUCUUUAGUCCCCAAGGAGACGAGUGGUCAGGCAAGAGUAAUGCUCGUCACAAAAGACGUCGGUUGGAGGGUGUUUUCGGUACUUUCAACGAUGACACGCAGCGAGAACUCCGAGCGGCCAUGGGGCUAGGACAGGAGUUUGCUCUGCGUCGAAUGAUCGCCGAGGAAGAUGAGGCUGCGGCUAUAGCAGCAGAUCAUGCAGCAUCUCUUCUCGAGGAGGAACGUCUUGAGGAAGAACGGGAAGUACAGGAAGAGCACCACUAUGACGAAUUCAAUGACGAAGAAUCGGAAGAGGAGGAGCAUGGUCAACCCUUUGAAGACGAGAUUCAGCAGCACACAGAAUACACCCAAACGUCAUAUUCCAAUCCCAAUAACUCCAUGCAGCAAAGCCCAAUUUCCCACCAAAAGACACAACGGGAAGCACAAUGGCAGCUUGAGCGAGAAACAGUCAGCCGUCAGGCUCAGAUGGCUUCAAACUUACGGUCCGUCGUUUACAUCAAUAGCGAUGAGGAUGCGGCGGAAGAUGAUGGGGACAUCGAAUUUGAACGUGAACAACAAUUUCAAUCUGAAACCGGAUAUGGGGUUGAGGAAGAGCUCAAUGAUUCCACACCCGAUACCAUGCCAAAACAAGCACCAUCUAUGCCCCAAGGUGUUCAACCCAAACCUAAGCCCGAGCUCGAGCCCGUGGAAAGCGCGGAAGAUGAUGAUGACGGAUAUGAUGAUAUUUGGCAACUUGAAGCCAACGACCACAGCCACAUCUCACAACACUUGGAGGAUCAUGAUGUUCAGUCCCAUCCGCAGCCGCUUGCACGUCCUUUGGGCAACCUUGCUCCAAUUUCUGCUGGUCAAGACUACCUAAGUUCAUCUCCUUAUGCUACUUCGGAGCACGACUAUGUAGCGCGCUUCGGACCGUCCAAAGUUCGCGAGUUGCGUGAACAAAAGGUCGAUUUGUCUGCUUUGCUUGCGGAGGAGGAUACACCAAACCGUGCACGGUACUACAAUGGAACGAGCACUCCUCGGGGUGUGCUAGCUCGCUCAUUCAAGACACAUAAUCCAUCCAUCAAUGGCUCUCCCAUUAAAGGCCCAGUGUCGCGCACUCCAGCGCGUAUUCGUUUACAACCUCUCUCCCAGUCCAGCCCUGAUGUUCCUAAUCCACGGGUCCCCAGUCCAAAAGUUGCGUUUGUCGAUGAGAAGAAAUCCCCGAAGAUUGUACAAAGAAGCCCGCCCAUGCAGGAACCAUUGAAAGAUGAAUUUGACAACAGCAGCGUUUCCAAUGCUGCCCUCAGUCAAUCCGAAUCUGCCAACAUUGAUUCUACCUCCACCCCGCAGCCUCGUCAGCUCAAUCGAGAGCAGCCAGGAUCAUCCUGGUUCAGUAAAAUAACCAGUUUCACUCCGCAAUGGCUGAAAGCCCCUACACGUGACCGAAGCUCGAGUGUUAGUACUAUUCCGGAGGAAGCGUCUGAUUUUGAAGAUGAAGAGGAAAUGGCCAGCAUUGAAUCUGCGAAGAAACUUGAGGGACACCUCCAAGAUGAGCCUCUCUCAAAGCAAGCGAGCCAAUCACCCGCGAGCCAUUGGAGGCAGCCAUCGCCGUCUCAGUCUCCACAGAGACAGCAAGAUCCUCUGCCCACAAUGGAAGAAGAGGAGGAGGAGGGUCCGAUACAGGAAAGAAGCAUUUCUCGAGACUUCCUUGAAGAAGAGGAGGCGCCCAUUUUUAAGCGGAGUGUCUCGCAAGAUCUCUUGGAGAACAAAGAUGCAGAGCCAGUUAACCACCAAAAUAGAGCGCCUCCAGAACGACGGCCACUUGCUGUCUUCGGAUACUUUUCCGACGAGCAUUACGCCACGCUUCGUCGUAUCUACCGAGUUGCCAAGCGCUACCCUGAGCACUUUGAAUACUAUGAUGCUCCAGGGCGGGCUUCCAUCAUCGGUGAUUGGAUAUGGACCUCCGAUGGUCAUCACGGGGUGCCCAUCACCGAGAUCCAAUUUGCCAUCAUCGAUCGCUUUGCCCAGGACCUUGCUCGGGCUGACAUCCAAUAUGGUGGCAGCGGACAGAUCGAUUGGACGGAAGCUGACCUGCAUCGGAGACUCAUUAGCAUCAUUAUUGGCGAGCAGAUCCGAGAGGAAAGAAAGGCCAAGGCCAACCGGGGUACUUCUGUGGAUACAUGGCGAUGA